CAAGCCCCAAAACAAACCUUUCUGUAGCCCUAACACUGCGAAUCGAAGAAAACACUCUUCGGUGGCAUCACUGCUUCGUCUUCAACCACCGCGACCAGAGCUCUUCUCCGCCGCGUCCGGACCUAUUCUCCACCACGUUCAAGUUGUUGAAGGAUAAUGGGUCGGAAAGCUGGUACGCUUUUCAUCAACCCCAAGAGAUUUGGUAAUCUUCAAAAACCUUGCAUGAAGGAAAUGGCAUUGUUUCUCAGUUGUAUGGCUGCAAACCAUAGCGAUACCGACGCUUGUGCUCGCCAGAAGGAGCUAUUAAAUGUCUGUAUUGAUGCUCAGAGUAAAAAGAACAGAAAGUCUUGGGGGAGUAUCAAUUAUCAACUGCAGAGGCUUAACCGAGGAAGGAAGUAGUUCAAGAUUUUCAUAAUGUUAUUGCUUUUACAAUUCAAGACCGAUAUUUAGGAAGCUUAGCCUGUUAUGCACUGCUUUGGAUGUCAGCCUAAAAUGACCAUACAGUAACUUGUAUUCUCCCUUGAAGUAUCUUGAAUUCUUGAUGAUGAAGUUUCUAUUUUUUGUUUGUUUAAAUCAUUUGAUUAAGUUGAAAGAGAUGGUGGAAUAAUGUUGAAGAAUACCUAGGUAAUUUCUUUUUUGUAUCAACUAAAGCUUUAACAUGCUACAUAUCAUUUAUGACACCAUCACACUCUGUGAUAUUGGUUGCCCUUCACACUCUGUAUGAUAAAAUUCUUUUAUAAUUGAUGAAAAUGAUAGUAGUUGAUCAUCUGAUGCUU